AUGGCGGGUUACAAACUGUCCUGCUGUCUACUGCCGUGGUGUCAACUACCGGUUGGAACCGGAUCUCCAACAAGUAAUCCAGUUCUACAGCGUACCGUGCUUGGCUGGUCGCACUCCUGUGCACAACGGAGACAGUUAUCUCGAUUCUGGGAAGUUGACAGUUGUCCCACCAGUCGGGGACUUUCCAAGGAGGAAGCAGCUUGUGAGCAAUACUUCACGGAAACAACUACCCAUGACGAAUCAGGUCGGUUCAUCGUGCGCCUACCCAAGAAGGAAGGCAUCUUGAGUCAUCUUGGUGACUCCAAAGCUGGCGCUCUCCGUCGACUCCGUUGGAUGCAACGUCGGUUAAUCAAAAAUCCCGAUCUGAAUGCUCAGUAUGUCGGCUUCAUGGCUGAGUAUCUCGACCUUGGCCAUAUGAUUUCCGUAGAUCCGUUGCAAGACACCACCCAUUCCCACCCAUUCUAUCUUCCUCAUCACGCUGUGCUCAAGCCAAGCAGCACCACCACCAAGUGCAGGGUGGUUUUCGAUGGGUCCAGCAAGUCUUCUACGGGAAUCUCGCUCAAUGAUUGUCUCAUGGUCGGACCGACUGUGCAGGACACGUUGUAUUCCAUUGUCGUCAGGUUCCGAAAUCUCGUGGCCGAUAUCGCCAAAAUGUACCGGCAGAUCUGGAUACACCCAGACGAUCGACAUCUUCAACGGCUAUUUUGGAAAGGCGAGACAGAUUUCGUCGGUUGCCCCUACGAGCUCACUACGGUGACGUAUGGCUUAUCCAGUGCGCCGUAUUUAGUAACACGAUGCCUACAGCAGCUCUCCUACGAACACUCGAAGGAUGAUGGGGAUAUCCCAUUGAAGAUCGGUAAGGAUUUUUAUGUGGACGACUUCCUCAGUGGAUCCGACACAGAAGUACUGUCUCACAUUCCGGAUGAAUUUCAGGACAAACGGUCGAUUGUGAAAGUGGACGACAUCCAGGGCUCUGUCAGCACACUCGGACUUCUGUGGCAUCCUGAGUCAGACACAUUCCGAUUUAAAGUUCACGAGUUCUCCAUGAAUCUCCCAAUCACCAAGUGGAUCGUUGUCUCUGAGAUGUCCAAGCUAUUCGAUCCAUUGGGCAUUCUUGGUCCAGUGCAUGCCUACGGAGCAUGCGUCUACAUUCGUAGUAUUGGCAUGGAUGGUGCCAUCGCUUGCCGUCUCCUAACCGCCAAAUCCCGAGUAGCUCCUAUUCAAACCCUGUCGUUUCCCCGCUUGGAGCUCAGUUCUGCUGUACUCCUGUCCCAGUUGUACAAAAACGUAGUGUGCAGUCUCAACAUGACACCUGAGGCCUACUUUUGGUCUGACUCCUCCAUUACCCACACAUUCGUGAGCAAUUCUGGCCUUUACACCUCCGUAACCUGGCACGGAGGCAUGUCAACUCUUGCUUGCGCUGCUAUCGAGUCCGGCCCCAGUCAGAAAAUCAGUUGA